UCAGCGGUCUCAGUAGAUGUUUUUCUAAAUGACACAGUUUCAGUUUCAACGUUGAACAGAGACAAUCGAAGCUGUUUCCCUUUUUCUGUCUACAACAUGAAGCUGAUGAAAUGCAUUUUAAUUGUCCAACUGAGCUGUCUUUGUCAAGCUUUGCAAAACUCAUCCACUCACACACCCCCCAAUGAUGUCCAGGUGAGAGCAGAGGAAGAGGAAUUCAACAGUGACCCUUACAUUCACAAACUCUCUGGCAAAUGCAGCUUCACGCUCAGGAUGCCUGGAAACAGGAGCAGUGAUGUGGUGGCAUUAACAGCAGACUCUACAGAUAUAUUGGUUGAACAGAUCUGUCAGGAUCUUGACUGUGGCAGCAUCUAUCAUGUGCAUAACACCAACUCACCUCCCAAUACCAGCUGCUUUCACGACUGUUUGUACCAAGAUGGUCGUUUGCAGAACUGCUCACACAGCAUGGGAGGGAAGUGCACUGUCAUUGUGAAAGCGGUUUGCAGCCACCAGGCUGUGCAGCUGGCAGGAGGAUCUGACCGCUGUGCUGGACGGGUGGAGGUGUGGAGAAAUGGGAGUUGGGGCACCGUGUGUGACGACCAGUGGGACCUGCGGGAUGCUGACGUGGUGUGCGCCCAGCUCGGGUGUGGUUAUGCCAUCAGUGUGACGGGACAGGGUGGCUCCUUCCCCCCGGGCAGAGGACCUGUCCACCUGGACGAGCUGAACUGCACAGGCAAAGAGGAGAACCUGUGGGCCUGUCCGGCUGCACAGGAUGAGUCCGACUGCGGACACAAAGAGGACGCUGGUGUUGUAUGCUCAGAGAUGAGAGCAGUCAGACUGACUGGAGGUCUGGACCGCUGCUCUGGUAAAGUGGAGGUUCACCGUAAUGGCAGCUGGGGUACGGUGUGUGAUAACUGCUGGAAUCAAAAAAUGGCCUCCAUGGUGUGCUCCAUGCUGCAGUGUGGUGACGAGCCAAAGCAAUUCUCCCAGUUUCUUCCUCCUCUCACCCACAACAACGGGACACUGUGGUUCUAUCUAUGCAAAGCAAACCAGAAUCUGUGGCAGUGCAAGGAGUACAUCAACAGCACACACCUGUGUGCAUCCUCAAAAGCAUCUGGCGUCGUCUGUGAUGGUUCCCUCGGGUUUCCAAUAGCCACCACAGCCGCCACAGCUAAUGCAACUGCAAUGACCAUGUGGACGACUGAAGAUGCACCUGCAGUCGGUCCUGCUGAAGGCUUCCCCUUACCGUCUACAGAGCUUCUCAGCACCAUCGCUCUGUGUCUUCUGCUCCUCGUGUUUUUGAUCACAAACACGCUGCUCUGUUGCCAUUACAGAAGAAGACACGCGUUCUUGCUCCAGCAGACGCGCAACAGCCCACGUCCUCCCUUUGAAAAUCAUCACAACAACUACCAAGACGCUGUCAACCUCGUCAAGGUCACUACCAACCCACCGCAGGCAGAAGUCCCCCCCAAUCCCAGGUAUCUUUGGACCCAGAAUAGUAGUGUUGACAGCACGUCAGUAAAUACAGACUAUGAGCAGUAUGAGCCAAGCAAUGACCCGUCUGUCCCUUUAUCAACCUUUCGGAAUUCUCAGAGGUACAAAACAGACAUGAACCCUUUGAUGAAGUCCUCGGGUCUUGACAGCCUGCUUGAGGAAGGCCCUGAACCCAAAAAUGAAGUGAUGGGAGCCUUUACAAGCUGUAAUGGUGACCCCACAGAUCCUCAAUAUGCCAGAGUGUCAAAGAUCUCAGUGGACUCAUUUGAUACCUCCAGUACCUCCUCCGGGGAAUGCUACGAAAACACAACCCACUAUGUCAUGAUCCCUCCCGAGCCAGGACUGGCCCAGCCACCUGAUGUCAGUUAUACUUUUGACCCUUCAAGGGUCUACAGCAAUGAUCAACUUUACUCUGGAAAAACAACAGACCUGCAGAGUUCUGGUGAUGAAGGCCCCAUCUACUCCCCUGUGAGCCCCGACCAAAACUCUUCAUCUGAGGAUGACUAUGAUGACAUCGGCACCUAAUAGUAAACGGAGGAGGUAACUCCGGGACUGAAGAGAGUCCCAAAGUUGUGAAAUCUCCGGCUGCAAAACUGCACUGAAAGGAAACACGUACUUUAAACACCAGUUUAGACUGAGGAAACCCAAUUAGCGUUAAUUUGGUGAUUUGCAGGCUAAAUGUUAAAACUGGGCUAAAGUAUAAGUCUAGAUUAUAGAUAUAUAAUCUAUUACUUCAACAGCAUUUGAAUGACUACAUUUCACUGUGUACAAUAGUUUGAAGAUGCUUAAUGCUUCAUGACUGACUUUUGACCUGUAACUUACCAAACUACUGCUUUCUGUGAGCCAUAAUAAUAUAAGUUCAAUGUAGUUGUUGAGACUUGAAAUAUGAUUGUGACUGACCUACUGCAGGUAAUCCGUCACAAUGAACAAAUUGUUGCCUUUUUUCCAGUUGUGAGCACAAACUGUUUUUGGUGCAUUUAAUGACGCUCUGACCUCUGACAGUCAGAUGCCAUUGAGAGUUAGCUAUCAAAGGCAUCGCACUCAUGCUUUUUUGUCCAAUAAUCAAACCCUGGAGACAAAUGACAAGCAAAUAUAGAUGUUGUGAAAAGGAUGAGUGAUUUUGCUCAUGUUUUGCAUUGAAAAGUUACAUCUCACUUUGAAGUUUGUCAUGUCCACGUAUCCUUUUCAAAACAGUCCCUGCUUUCAGCUACAUUGUCAUGCAAAUAUAAUUUUAUUUCAGCAAAAAAAAAAAAAGAUGAAAUAUUCACUGCGAUGGAUUAGCUAUCUAAAGCAAGUUUCGUAUGUCUGGAAGGUAAGAAAACAAACUUUAGGUUUAGGUUUUCUGUGAAUGUAGUAGAAGCAAUUGUAACAUAUGUAUGUUUUAGAUUUUUAAUAUUUAACUGAUGUGUUUGCAUAUCAGUUUUCUGUAAAAACUAGUAUAUAUUCGAAUCAUGUGCUAAUGUUUGCCAUGAAUCUUCUUAUGUACAAUCAAACUAUUGAGUUUCAACAUAAUGUCUAUAAUUGUGAUGUGCACUACAUAGCCAAAAGUAUGUGGAAACCCAAACAUUACUCCCAUAUGUAAGUGAACAUGUCAUUCUAAAACCAUGGGAAUUAAUCGGCUACUUUAACAGCCUCCACUCUUGUAGGAAGUCUUUCCACAAGAUUUUGGAACCUGGGUGCAGGGAUCUGCUGGGAAAACUGGGAAUACUAUAUCUCUAUGGACGUCACUUUGUGUACAGGGGCAUUGUCAUGUUGUAACAGGAGAAAUCCUUUUUCAAACUGCCACAAAGUUGGAAGCACACUAUUGUCUCUGGGCACUCAGGCCAAACCAUAGUAAACAACCCCAGGCCAAAGGUACACAAACGUAUGUGUCCUUAUACUUUUGGCCAUAUAGUGUAUUCAAAUAAUGUGCUCAUGUUUGCAACACAUUAUCCUGCAGGCAUUUUUAAAAGUGUAAUCAAACUAUUGAGUUCUACCACAAGGUGGCACUACAAGCUUGUAAGUAACUAAAGGUUUAAGUGACUGGAGUGAAUCCCUUACAUGUAAACUUGUAAUAACAUAAAAUAUUUGCCAAAUAAAUGUUUUCCAGGCUGUAACACUUUGUGACAAAUACCCAUUCGUGCUGAGCGAGGGAGAAGUCAAAAUAACGCACUGUGAAAAAGUUUGAGAAGGGGAACUCUGGAUCCUGAUCAGGGGCCAACAUAAACCAUCAGUGCAGUCUGAAACCAGACCUGGCACGGCUCUUCUUGGUCCAUUACAUCUGCAGCAGCUGCAGAGCAUCAACGCUUCCUCCUGAUCCAAAGUGAUGCCUUGAAUCAAAGUGAUGUCUUGUUUUGCAGCGGUAAAUAUGACAAACUGCUUCAAAGCACCUGUAAAACUUUUAAUAGGGUGUAGCAGUGGUGAAUGCACAGAUAAACAUGGAUUAGCUUCAGCUCAGCUAACGUGAGAAGUGGGAGUGAUGAUGCAUUAGACUGAUAACCAGUAGAAUGGGGUGUUUUUUGACUGGAAGGUAUUUGGCAAGGAGGAGGAUGAGUGGGUGUCGGGGUGUGCAGAGGCGAGAGGAGGGGGAGGAUGGGGGGUGAAGCUGAGGAGAAAAGGAGGAGGUGGACGGAGAACUUGGGAAAGAUAAAAUGUGUCUGAGAGAAUCAUAUAUUACACAAAUUUAGUCCAGAGCUCUGCAUCGAGAUAAACCGGCAAAUUAACGACCAGAUCUCCUUAUGAAACUCAAUCUGUUUCACAUGCCAGAGAAUCCAGCACACUCACACACACCAACCCACACACCACUUAACAGAGAUUCCAUCUAAAAGUAUGCAGUUUGAUAUAUUACAGAUCCUCCUCGAACAGUUUGCUUUUGUUUUAUUUUUGCUCUAAGAGAUUGAUAAGUCAGAAUCUUAAAAUCUGUGGAUUUACAGUCCUGAUUAACAUCAAGGGAAAGAAAUGUAGUAUACUAGUAUUUCAAGUAGCUUGUAGUAUUUGAGGGAUUAGAGGAUCAACCCUCUGUUUUUACCUUGUUCAUUAAAUCAGUUACACACAAAGGAUUACGGCUCCAUAAGUCUGUAGAUUGCUUGAAAUGUCCUGACAACUGAUCUUGCCUGAGUUUAAACUUUUGAACUGUUUGUUGCAGGAGGCCUGGAGAUGACAGUACCUGCCUGCAAACAAUAUGUAGCACAUACUAGAACCUGACAUUACAGCUGCUGCAGUUUGAGGUCUGUCAUCCUCCAGUAAAAUUUAAUAUAAAGAAUAUUACAGCAACAAGAGUUUGGCCAACUAGUUUUUUUUGGCCUUUUAGCUUGGAAAUGUGUUGACAAAACGCGUUACACUCAAAGCUGUUAAAAUUCCAAUCAAUAAUUUUUUUCUGAUAAUAUAUUAAGUCAGUGUUCACUAACUUUUCCCCAAGGUUUUGAUCAUAUCCCAUGUCCUUCAGUGAGUGCAUCUUGUUUGGUUGACAAUUCGUGACCUCAUUACAGACUUUUGGUCACGUGCAAGUGUGGGCAAUUAUAUAUGGUUGAAAGCUCUAGAAAUAGCAAGUAAGUUAGGAAUAUUUUAUUACAUUAUGCAUUCCCAGGGUCAACACUGAACGUCCAUGCUCAAAUAUCAUUAUAUACAUUAAUGUAAAAAGGGUCGCUCGCACUGAUGAAGCCACAGGGACCUCUGCUGCUUAGCGUUUUAGCUUCUUUUAGCUCAUUGUUUUGGUUUCAUGACACAUUUACUGUUUGGUUCAAUCUCACUGCUCUCAUCAACCUUGUUUCAAACCGUAGCAGGGAGUUGUUUUCUGUUUUCAAACAACCUCUCAUAAACCCACUGUACACUACCUGUCCAGCACCAAACAGCCAACAAAGGUAGCGACUAGCUGGUGAACAUAGUGGCGCAUUUAGCAACUAAUGAGCUAAUGCUAGACAUUUCCCUCAGGAUUUGGUGGAGAGCAAAAAAGAGAGAGUGUAUAUUAGACUUACAUUUGUCGGGUUGCGAGAAACACAACUCCAAAUUAAUGAUAAUGUUGCUACGUAUAUCUGCUGGAUGUGUAAAUAGGCAUUUGUCUGCUAACACGUUAGCCAUGGCAACUUUAUAGACAGCUGAAGUCAUGACGUCAUGUCCGGGCUAGCCACUGUUCCAACUAGCUUCUGUAACUCAAUGAGAUCUCUCAUUCAGCAUUUCUUUCAUCUGUCUUGAAAUGAAGGUUGUUCCUGAGGUUUACUGUCCAUAUUCUAAGACAAAUCAGCAUCCACGACACCACUUGCUCUAAGAAAGUGAAACAGUUGUUAUUUUAACAAAGUUAAACAACGAUUACUCUGUGAGCACAGAAAAACUACAGCUCCCAUGAAAAUGUGAGGCAGCGCGGGUACGUAACUUGGUCCAUAGCCAUAAAAUUCACCAAAGCCACAUGACAUACUGUUGAGAAAAUCUCAGUUUCAAGGCUGGGGUUUUAGUUAUUAGUGUUGUUACAAAUGUCAUUGGGAUUUUGAAUGAGGUUUUCUUACAUCUGAAAUAAGGUGAUAAUAUUGUGUUGCGGGUCUCCUAGCUUGAUCUGAGUUUUUCUGCCUCCUAGGGGAUAGUGGCCAAAAAGUCAAAUUUCUUUCAGCCUUUGAAGAAUUUCUGAGAAGUGGUACUUUUUGGCUUUAUUGUUAUUUGGAGAAAAGUAAACAUUUCUUAUCUUCUUACGAUGAGUUUGCUGUUUAUUUUAAGAAUAAGAAUGCACUUUCACCUACAUAAAGCAACUGUGAUUCUGUUAAAAAACUUUCUUUCUAAAGUAUCUGUAUAUAGUUUGGCUAUGUCUCAUUUGUGUACUGCUGGGAAUAAAAAAGCAUCACAUUAUUUACUUUUUACUGAAAUACUGCUUUCAGUCUCACAACCUUUCAUAUGUAACUCUGGAUCAUUACAAAUACUUCAAACCAGGUUUCAUGUACUAUUACAACAAUAAGAAUAAAAUGCAAAAACACAGA